AUGUCAAAGGCUUAUCGUUCCUCUCCACUUGUUGUUCGACCCCCAAUAUACCACUUCUCCGGUCCAAGAGCAUCCCUAAACCCUCCGCUACCACUACUGCUGUCGCUUCCCCGUCUAUUCCUAUCAUAUGACGAAAAUGGGACUGCAGAGGUUGAAGAUGAAGGUGUUGGAACUGGUAUCGGAGAGGUCGUGGAAUUGGAAACUGUGGAUGUCUGGGCAGCUGCCGAGGAGCUAGUAUGGCUGGUAGAGCUUAUUGGGGCGCGGGAUGAAGGAGAUGGAGUAUGCGAAUGA